UAAAUCCUCUUCCGUCAAUAAAAAUAUUUUCAUUAACUAAUGAUAAGAAAACCCCAAUUAAAAAAAACCCAACAUCCUCUCAACAGACUCACCGGAGAAGAUCGCACUGCUUCCCAUCGUCUCCUUAAUUUUUUCUAACACCACAAGGUAAUGUGGUACUGGGUGAGGCUAGUUACUUAGCUGUUCUGUACCGCGCACACACUCAUCAUCAGUCGCUAAAGAAAUGGCUAAGAACUACGUGAGAGAGAAUGUACCUCUCUCACGAUUCGGCGUUUUAGUAGCACAACUCGAAUCAAUCGUCGCUUCAUCUUCUCAACAAUCACCUGAUCCUUUUCUCUGCUUCGAUCUCCUCUCUGAUCUCAUCUCCGCCAUCGACGAAGAGCCUAAGGAGUCAAUCUUGUUGUGGCAAAGGAAAUGCGAGGAUGCUCUGUUUUCGCUGCUUGUACUUGGAGCGAAACGGCCGGUGCGUCAUUUAGCGUCGGUAGCAAUGGCGUCGAUUAUAUAUAAAGGAGAUGCUAUUUCCAUUUAUUCUAGAGUCGGUGCUCUCCAAGGCUUUCUUUCUGAUGGAAAGAAAAAUGAGCCGCAGAAAGUUGCUGGUGUUGCACAAUGCUUGGGAGAAUUAUAUCGGUAUUUUGGAAGAAGAAUUACUUCGGGUUUGCUUGAAACAACGACCAUUGCUACUAAACUUAUGAAGUUCAAUGAGGAGUUUGUGAGACAAGAAUCUUUAUUCAUGCUUCAAAAAGCUUUGGAAGGAUGUGGUGGUAGUGCUGUUUCUGCAGCAUAUACUGAAGCAUUCCGUCUCAUCACACGUUUUGCUGCUGGGGACAAGUCAUUUAUUGUUAGAAUAGCUGCUGCUCGUUGUCUUAAGGCAUUCGCCAACAUUGGAGGACCUGGUUUGGGAGUUGGAGAGCUCGAGAGUUCAGCAUCAUCUUGUGUGAAGGCCCUUGAGGAUCCUGUAUCAUCUGUUCGAGAUGCAUUUGCGGAAGCUUUAGGCUCAUUACUCGCUCUUGGGAUGAAUCCAGAGGCACAAGUUCAACCAAGGGGGAAAGGACCUUAUCCUCAAGCAAAGAAACUAGAAGGUUGCUUGCAGAGGCAUCUCGCUUUGCCAUUCACAAAAGCAAGUGGAUCUCGCUUGAAGGAUACACGGAUGUGUAUAACUCUAUCAUGGGUAUCUUUUUUACAGACUAUUCGGCUGAAGUAUCUGCAUCCAGACAGUGAGCUUCAAAACUAUGCUCUGCAGGUCAUGGAAAUGCUUUAUGGGGAUACUUCUAUCGAUGCUCAUGCACUAGCAUGCAUUCUAUAUAUACUGCGGGUUGGCAUAACUGAUCAGAUGACUGAACCUACUCAAAGAGUCUUCCUGAUUUUCCUGGGAAAUCAGCUUGAGUCUGCGGAUGCCAGUCCUUCCAUGAAGAUUGCUGCUUUACGUACUUUGUCAUACACCUUGAAAACAUUGGGUGAGGUUCCAACAGAAUUCAAGGAAGUCAUUGAUAAUACAGUUGUUGCUGCAAUAUCUCAUUCUUCUGAACUUGUACGCAUUGAGGCUGCUUUAACAUUACGUGUGCUGGCUGAGGUUGAUCCUACUUGUGUUGGUGGUUUGAUUUCCUAUGGAGUAACCACACUAAGUGCUUUGAGAGAAAAUAUUUCUUUUGAGAAGGGAAGCAAUCUGAAAAUUGAGCUUGAUUCUUUUCAUGGGCAAGCUACAGUUUUGGCAGCAUUGGUGUUUGUCUCGCCGAAGUUACCCCUUGGUUAUCCAGCUAGAUUGCCCAGAUCUGUACUUGAAGUAUCAAAGAAAAUGCUAACAGAAUCUAGUCGCAAUCCUAUGGCUGCAACAGUUGAAAAAGAAGCUGGAUGGCUACUUCUGUCCUCUUUACUAUAUGCUAUGCCGAAGGAGGAGCUUGAAGAUCAAGUUUUUGAUAUCCUUUCAUUGUGGGCUCCCAUCUUUGGUGGAAUUCCAGAACAGGAAAUUAAGCAAAUCGGCGAUUCGGCACUAAGAGUUGGUGUGUGGUCAUCUGCUGUUGAUGCACUUGCCGCAUUUAUAAGAUGUUUUAUUUCUCCCAAUUCUGCGAACAAUGGCAUUCUACUUCAGCCAGUGAUGGUAUACUUGAAUAGUGCUCUGUCCUAUAUCCUGCUGCUACAAAGCAAAGAACUAUCAAAUUUUAAGCCAGCAAUCAACAUAUUAAUCAUCAGAACUUUAAUGGCUUAUCAGUCCCUUCCUGAUCCAAUGGCAUAUAAAAGCGACCAUCCCCGGAUCAUUCAAUUAUGUACUAUUCCAUAUAGGGAUGCUUCCAAAUGCGAGCAAAGCACAUGCUUGAGAUUGUUGCUUGAUAAAAGAGACGCAUGGUUGGGUCCCUAUGUUCCAGGAAGAGAUUGGUUUGAGGAUGAAUUUCGUGCUUUCCAAGGUGGAAAAGAUGGCCUCAUGCCUUGUCCAUGGGAAAAUGGACCCUCAAGUUUUCCUCAGCCAGAAACAAUAAACAAUACAUUGGUGAACCAGAUGCUUCUCUGCUUUGGAAUCUUGUUCGCUUCGCAGGAUAGUGGCGGGAUGUUGCUGCUUCUCGAAAUGAUUGAGCAGUGUCUCAAAAGUGGAAAAAAGCAAAUAUGGCAUGCAGCCAGUGUUACUAAUAUAUGUGUUGGUUUACUUGUUGGGUUAAAGGCUUUGAUUACAUCACGUCGUCAACCUUUAGGAUCUGAGAUAUUAAAUCCAGCACAAUCAAUUUUUCAGAGUAUUCUGGCAGAGGGAGACAUCUGUGCAUCCCAACGUAGAGCAUCAUCUGAAGGGCUUGGUCUUUUAGCUCGACUUGGGAAUGAUGCCUUUACAGCCAGAUUGACUAGGUCGCUUCUUGGUGAUCUUAUUGCAGCAACGGAUUCGUACUAUGCGGGUUCAAUUGCCUUUGCACUUGGAUGCAUUCAUCGCAGUGCAGGAGGAAUGGCGUUGUCAAGUUUAGUGCCUUUAACCGUGAGCUCAAUAUCAUCACUGGCAAAAAGUACAAUAAGUGGUCUACAGAUCUGGUCUUUGCAUGGACUUCUUUUGACCAUUGAAGCUGCUGGUUUCUCAUUUGUCUCUCAUGUUCAGGCAACACUUGGCCUUGCUAUGGACAUUCUCUUGUCUGAAGAUAAUGGUUUUGUUGACCUUCAACAAGGGGUGGCCCGCCUUAUUAAUGCUAUUGUUGCUGUACUCGGUCCUGAACUUGCUUCUGGCAGCAUUUUUUUUUCUCGCUGCAAGUCUGUUAUUGCAGAGAUCAGAUCGUUGCAAGAAACCACUACAUUGCUAGAGAGUGUUCGUUUCACUCAACAGCUUGUUCUUUUCGCGCCACAAGCAGUUUCCGUGCAUUCUCAUGUGCAAACUCUUCUCUCAACUUUGUCCUCAAGACAGCCAACUCUUAGGCAUCUCGCGGUGUCCACCCUGCGACAUCUUAUUGAGAAAGACCCGGUUUCUAUCAUAGAUGAGAAAAUAGAAGAUAAUUUAUUUCGUAUGCUAGACGACGAAACAGAUUCUGAGAUUGGUAAUCUGGUACGUGCUACAAUUAUGCGAUUGUUGCUUGCAUCCUGCCCAUCACGUCCAUCUCACUGGAUACUGUUGUGUCGUAAAAUGGUUCUUGCUGUGUCAGCAAGACAAGAUGUUGAGGCCAAUAGUGACAGGGGAGGUGAUCGUCUUAAUGGUCCAGACAGUGACUCAAGAUUGAACUUUGGAGAAGAUGAUGAGAAUAUGGUAUCUGGAUCUAAGGCCAUACCAGUGCAAGGACACAUAUAUGAGGCUUCAAAUAUUCAUCCUAGUCGGCAUAAGCACCUCAGAUAUCGAACACGAGUAUUUGCUGCUGAGUGUUUGAGUCAUCUUCCUACAGCUGUGGGAAGCAAUCCAGCUCAUUUUGACCUCACUUUGGCAAGGAAAAAUCUGUCCAGAGAGAACUCUGGAGAUUGGCUGGUUCUCCAUGUACAAGAAUUGAUUUCAUUGGCUUAUCAGAUAAGUACAAUCCAAUUCGAGAACAUGCGACCAAUUGGUGUGGGACUUCUAAAUACCAUUGUUGAUAAGUUUGAAAAAAUACCUGAUCCAGAGCUUCCAGGACAUCUUCUGCUGGAACAGUACCAGGCUCAACUAAUAUCUGCUGUCCGCACUGCACUAGAUGCAUCCUGUGGCCCAAUUCUUCUGGAGGCAGGUCUGCAGUUGGCUACUAAGAUAAUGAUAAGUGGAAUACUGGGUGGUGAUCAAGCUGCCGUGAAACGAAUUUUUUCUUUGAUUUCUCGGCCACUGAAUGAGUUCAAUGAUGUUUAUUAUCCUUCCUUUGCAGAAUGGGUCUCUUGCAAGAUCAAGAUAAGACUUCUGGCUGCUCAUGCCUCUCUCAAAUGUUACACAUUUGCAUUCUUGAGGAGAUAUCAGAGUGGGGUUCCAGAUGAGUAUCUUGCAUUAUUGCCAUUAUUCUCAAAAAGUUCAAGUAUUCUGGGGAAGUAUUGGAUUGGUGUUCUGAAGGACUACAGCUACAUCUGCUUGUGCUUAAAUCUCAAGAAAAAUUGGAAGCCAUUCCUUGAUGGAAUUCAGCUGCCUCUAGUUCCAGGAAAAUUGCUUUGUAGUUUAGAAGAAGCUUGGCCAGUAAUUUUGCAAGCACUUGCAUUGGAUGCCAUUCCACUUCAUGCUGAUGGGAGUCCUCGUUCAGCUGUUGAUUUAUCUAGACAUAGUUUAAUAUCUGGUUAUAGUAUGGUCGAACUGGAGUUGGAAGAAUAUCGAUUCCUAUGGGGCUUUACUUUGCUUGUCCUUUUCCAGCAGCAACAUCCGACAAUUAAUAGACAAAUAAUCCCACUGAGCAGUGCUAAAUGUAGAAAUGGAGGAGAUUUGCUUGAAGAGACCAGCUCCACAGCGUUGAAGUUGUAUGAAAUUGUGCUGCCUGUGUUCCAGUUUCUAUCAUCAGAAAGUUUUUUCACUGCUAAAUUCCUUACUGCAGAUAUAUGCCAAGAGUUGCUGCAGGUUCUAUCAUACUCCAUUUAUCUGGAUAAUUCUUGGAAUAGUCUUGCGAUAUCAGUACUAUCUCAGAUUGUCCAGAACUGCCCAGACGACUUUCUUGAAGAAGAAAGUUUUGUUUAUCUUGCUGUCGAACUUCUAUUGGCUUAUUUCUUCAAUGUUUUGCAGAGCACUUGUGUAUCAGAUCACCCAAACUGGGAGGAUUUGGCAUCUCCACUAUUUAUCACAGCAAAGACAAUUUUGAAGCGUUUUGAGCCAAAGAUGCAGACAAAAUUGAAGUCUGCAAUGUUGGCCUUUCUGUUAAUUGGUUACAAGUGCAUCAGAGAAGCUUCAACUGAAUUAUGCUUUUCAAUAGUUAAUGAUUUUGUCAGGUGUAUUAGCUCCUUGCUAAAGAAUUUCAAUGAUGAUUCUUCUGAGCAUGGUGAUGAUGGUAGUCUUUAUCUGAGAGCAUCUUUUGGAGCUUGCCUGAAUUUAAUUUCUGAUUUGACAAAGGACUGCAUUAAAGGCAUCCAGUUUUUAGAGAAUAAAAGAUCUGACCUGCGCAAAUUACUGCAAUUGAAGCUUGCUUUCUCUAUGGAACAAAUAAUGUCUUUGGCCAAGUUAGCUUGUCAAUAUCUUGGAGAAACCAACCCCCCAAUCUGUUUUGAGGUGUUCAAGUGCUGCAUUAAGUACGUCCAUAUUAUAUUAAGUGACUCAAAUUCUCAGGUUCAAGCAAUUGGAUUGCAAGUGCUCAAAACCACAUUACAGAGAAGCACCGACUUAGAAGACACUAACUUUCUCCUAUGCUUUUGUGGAGAGCUUGUUACAGAUAUAUUAACUAUGAUACAGACAAAAUUGAAGAAACCUGUUAGUAAAGAAUCAGUUACUAUUGCUAGCGAAUGCUUGAGAUUCCUAGCACUUCUACAUACGCUUUCAAGAUCCAGUGAGUGUCAGAAAGGUUUGAUGCACAUACUUCUCAGUACAAUUAUUAUGGUCUUCUUGGCAUCGGAGGACAAUCCUUCUCAGGAAGUAAAUGAUUUAAGAAGCACUGGUGUAAGGCUUGUUUCUCAUCUUGCUCAAGUUUCUUCUUCAGCAGUUUGCUUCAAAGAUGUAUUGUUAUCAAUGCCUGCAACACAUAGACAGCAACUUCAGGGAGUUAUCCGCGCUUCUGUAGCGCAAGAUCAUAGUGCAACAUCGACAAAAACGUCGCCUUUAGAAAUUAAACUGCCAUUGCCAUUGCCAAAAGAUUCCAAACCAUUGGCUGUCCCGCCAUCAUUGCCAGUAGAGGAGACAAGAGAGAAAAAUUCCCCCUUGUCAGAAGAUUCUGUUAGCUUGGAUAAGGACGAUGAGGACCAAGAUGAUGAAGAUGACUGGGAUGCUUUCCAGUCUUUCCCUGCCUCUACAGAAGUUGCGGGAAAAGAUUUAGAAGUGCAGAGUACUGCAGAAGAACCAGAACUGGUAGAAAACUCUGUUUCAGAAAUCAACAACAGUCAGGAGCUCUCUAUGUCCCACCCGAUGAACAAAGAUUAUAUGAAUGUGACAGAGCAACAAGAAGCUGAUGACCCUGAAGAAAUUUCUGGUAGCCCUACAGAAGAAGGCGAGAUAGAAAUACAUCAUGAUCAAUAUCCAAAAUCCGAAGACACAGUGGUGCUAAGCCAAGAGAGUGAAAGCGAAGUAGCGUCUAGCCAAGAAAAUACUCGGAUCUCAUCCGAUCUUCAAUCUGUCGGAGAUGCAGAAGAAUCUGUUAAAAUGAACUUGGUCGAGGACUUCGAACCGCAAAAAAGGAUUCUAGCUGAUGAGUAUGAUCAAGUCUUAUCAGAUGAACCUGAAGGAGAACCGCUUGAAGUUAGUGUAACAGAGGACCAUCCACAGAAAACAGAUGAUGUCCAUAGCAACAAUGAUAUCCCAGAAAUGUUAGAUUCUUUGCCUCCUGAAAAUUCCGAUUAUGAACGCCAAUGCGAAUCAGACAACAAUGUCAACAGAGAAAAACAUGUUGGUACUGGUGAUGCUACAAGCAAAGAGAUGGACGAAAGUGAGAACAGUGACCAGCACCAAGAGAGUGGCUUUAAAUUGGAACUAUCAGAAGGCGAAGAAAGGGGAGAAGCAGAUGGUAAAUCCCAUGGAGAACAACAUCCAGAAACCGAUUAGGAUCCAUAUGGGACAAUGUGGUGGCUGGAUAUAAGAGCAGCGUGGUUCAAAUACGAUAUUUGAAGUGUUUGGUUUAAAUGAAUUCAUAAAAUUUUGUAAAUUUAUUUUUAAAUGAAUAUUGUUGUAUUUAGUUUACUUAAAAUUUUAUAUGGUUACUUUAUUUCUAUGAAUUUAACAAAUUUGUUAUAGUUUAUAUCAAAUAUAAAUGAGAUUUUUUUAA